AUGCAAGUGGAACCUUCUGGCGUAAACCAGCCAAUGAGACUCUACCCGUUGACAGAUGCUUGGGGUCCCCGGGACGACUGGACGGGGAUCACCAGCUCAGUCGAGAGGAAGAAACGGCAGAACAGAAUCAACCAAAGAGCAUUCCGUCGAAGGAAGCAUGCUCCAUCUGUUGAGCCGCAAUCGACACCGACUAGCUACAGGAAUGCUGUAUCACCCUCUGCACGCGAGCAUGUCGCAGGACACAUCGAAGAUGACGCACCAGAAACCCCCGAGCCGCAGGAGCCUAGCCACGACAGCGGGUUGAUGCACGGCGGGCCCGUCCUCCUGACCUGUCCGCGACGCAUCGCACAGAGGCGUGCACUCAUCAGACACGCCUACCAAGAGUACAGCCUGCACGCUGCGCGACCCACCAAUCUUCCCAUUAUCAUCCGACUCAACGUGCUCAACGCGCUGGCGCGAAAUGCAGUCCUGAUGGGCUUUCCACCCGAGGGACUGUGUCGCGACGAGAUGAUCUCACCGUACACUGAGAAAGGCCCGCCUACCCUGGCGAUGCAAACGUCGUGCCCAAAGGCAUUGGAGCCAACGCAACUACAGCGCACACUCCCGCACCACCCCUGGAUCGACUUGUUCCCCUUCCCCGCUUUCCGCGACAACAUGCUGCUCGCGAUUCACGCUGGCAUCUUCGACGAGGACGAGCUGUGUAUGGAUCUGCUCAACGUCGAAGCGGAAGAUAUCGGCGUCAAGCCGGCGCUGAUCGUGUGGGGGGACUCGUCGGAUGUGUGCGGAUGGGAGGCCAAUGUGCCUUUUCUCCGCAAAUGGGGCUGGCUCGUGAAGAGCUGUCCCGAGAUCAUCGAGGGCUCGAAUUACUGGCGCGAGAAGAGGGGCGAGAAGAAACUCGUUAUUGAAGCGCCUUGA